AUGCUCCCCAACUACAUCAACCACUGGCAAGAAGCCAGAAAUAGAAACACUAAUCGUCAACCAAACCAAUAUCACGUACCCUACAACGGCCCUGUCUUCCAUCGACCUCUACCACCUACCAAUCGCCGACCACCAACCAACCCAUCCAGCUAUAUCCCACCCCAUCGCCGACCUACCUACAACACAGCCUACCAAUCAAGAGGUAACCAUCGACCUGACCAACAACAGAAACGACUACCAGCCCACCGACGCCAACCAGUCCCCACUCAUAAGGAGGAAGAACCCUUUGUGAAGGUGUUCUUCCAAGUUUUGCAGUGCCUCCAUUUUUUGGCAAUCCUUACCCUUCAACAGCAAGGCCAACCAGCGUUUACCUUCAAACGCAAAGUCUCUGAGUUGGAUAGUUUUAUCCGUCCAGCAAUGAAAACAUCAGCUGUCGACGCGAAUAUUAGAUCCCUCAAUCGGACAUGGCUCUGUAAGGUUACGCAGGUCCUGAUCGACCAUUACCAAACCACACUUCAAGAGAAGCUGACCACCAUUCGUACCAAGUCUUUAUCAUCACCUGCCGUCGACCGCAUCGUUUCUCAUGCCCUGUCCUGGGCCUGUCGCUCCUAUGGGAAACGUCUCACUCAAGCUGUAAUCUCCAAAUUCUACCAAACAAUCAACGAAACAAAAACCAGAGUAACCAUAUCUCUACCAACUGAAAUGGACACUACACCUGCACCAUCUAGAGCCACCACGCUGCCGAACCAAACCCCUAAACGAGCCCGAAGUUCACCUACUCCUAGUCCAGCAGACAUAGGUAAACGCUCUCGUAGAGAGGGCACACCCCUUCUCUUUUCACUUUCAGACUCGUCUUCCCCUUCCCAUCUGAAUCUUCACCACGUGAUCCAGGAUCCGCCACCUUUCUUCCUUCUGUGCGUUUUUGGACCAGCAAACCACCCCUCAGUCUCCAUCCAAGUCGAGACGUGUAUCCAGACCUUCCCCUCCUCGAACCAGAUCCCAGUCCGUUCCCAAUGCUACAAUUCUAACAACUAA